AUGCUGGGAGAGCAUCUAAGAGAGAGGUCGUUAUGGACGGGAAUCCACGUGUGUGAAGUAUGUGGGAAAUCCUUCAGUUAUUAUUCCCAGAUUGCACGGCAUGUGAGAACUCACACUGGAGAGAAACCCUAUGAAUGUAAAGAAUGUGGGAAAGCUUUUGCUCGCAGCACACAGUUUCGAGAACAUGUGAGAAUGCACACUGGAGAGAAACCCUAUGAACGUAAGCAGUGUGGGAAAGCCUUCCCAUAUUGCAAACCCCUGCAAGGACACAUGGGAAUGCACACUAGAGAGAAGUCUUCUCAUGUGUGUAAUGAAUGUGGAAAAGCCUUCCAUUGUCCCAGGUACAUUAGAAGGCACAUAAAAAGACACAGUGGAAUAAAACCCUAUGAAUGUACAGAAUGUGGGAAAGCGUUCAUUACUCCCUCAUCCCUUCGAGAACAUAUGAGAACACACAGUGAAGAGAAGCCCUAUCAGUGUCAGCAUUGUGGAAAAGUCUUCAGGCUUCAGAGAUCUCUGCAAGGACACAUGAUUACCCACAGUGAUGAGAAACCCCAUCAGUGUCAGCAGUGUGGGAAAGCCUUCAAAUAUACCAUAUCUCUGAAAGGACACAUGAAAACACACAGUAAAAAGAAACCGUGUGAAUGUCAGCAGUGUGAAAAAGCCUACUGUUAUUUCAUAUCCCAGCAAAGACACAUGAAGACACACACUGUGGGAAAACUUGAAUCCAAGAAUAGUGGGAAAGCCAUAAUUCUUUCUUAAAACUUAGAAGUGGGAGCAAAACAGUGUCAAGAAUUUGUUUUUUUGCACCACAUGGCUUGUGGGAUCUUAGUUCCUCAACCAGGGAUCGAACCCAGGCCCCCUGCAGUGGAAGCACGGAGUCCUAAGCACUGGACCACCAGGGAAUUGCUGAGCAAUCUUAUGAAUGGAAAAAAUGUUGGAAAAAUUUUUUUCCUUUGUAAGUACCUUAUCCUCAAUACUGAUCUCAGUAUAUUAAUUUGUAUUUCAUGUUGCUGAUCUGAACACGUACUAAGUAUCCCUCCAUGUUUGUCUCUACCACUUACAUUUUGUUAUCUCUGAGUUUAUAUCAUUGUACAAUUAUAUAAAACUUGUCUCAUUUCCAUUAGAAUGUCUUUGAUACCAGGGGUGCUAAGUGGCUUUUGGUUUGUGAUUUUUUUCAUGUGCAACUUGUGAUUUCUUUCAUUUUUGAUGAACAGAUUUUUGAUUCUUACUUUCCAUUAUGUUCCGUUAUGUUCCUAAUAUGUGAUCAUGAUACGAGGCUGGUAUUAAUUAAAUGUCUUUCCUUGUCCACUGUUAAGAGAUACUAGAAUCUCCUGAAUCAAUAUUUACCCUCUCCUUGAGUCUUCAUUACUGAAAGGUGUGUCUUCCAAGUUGUUUGUUGCUAGCAGAUACCGUAUAUGUGUUCCUCCCAGAAAUUAGUAAUUGUGGAAGGUCAUGGAAGAUGACAGGCUUAUCUGAUUAUGUUCCUAAUCUGACCUCUGUUCAUGUCCAUGAUCUUGGUUGCAAAUUGAACACAAUACAUCGAGUUAAGAAGAGCGACCUGAGGGACUUCCCUGGCGGUCCAGUGGUUAAGACUCCAAGCUUCCAAUGCAGGGGAUGCGGGUUCGGUCCCUGGUCGGGGAACUAGGAUCCCACAUGCUGUGUGGCCACCACCCCCCGACAAAAAAAAAAGUAAAAAAAAAAAUAAGAGCGACCUGGUGGUGUGAAGAUGAAAGCUCCUGUCCAGAUUGUUCUACUGAACUGUGUUGUCAUCUUGGGUAAGGGGGGAAACUAUAUCCAGAGUCCUUCUGUUAGUGGUUCUGAGUUAAAGUUCUUGAGAAGAGGAAGAUGCAUGAGGUCUGGAAAGCAGAACUGAGGAGGCCAUGAUUCUUUUUUAAAAUUUUAUUAUUGUAUUGGCCAAAAAGUUCAUUUGGUUUUAAGUAAAAAUAGAAAGGAUCACAUUUUUCAUUUUCACCAAGAAUUUCAUUGAACAAUGUAUUCACUAACUGAAUGAACUUUUUGGCCAAACCAAUAUCAUUAUUAUUAUUUUUUUGGCUGCACCACUUGGCAUGCAGGAUCUUAGUUCCCUGACCAGGGAUUGAACCCUCACCCCCUUCAGUGGAAGCAUGGAGUCUUAACCACUGGACCACCAGGGAAGUCCCCAAGGAAACCAUGAUUCUUGGGUCUUCUGUACCAUCAGGAGACAGAGAUGCAUGGCAGCCUACUGGCCCUGAGUUCUAGCACAGUUUUCUGACUUCUGGCUCUGCCCAUAGGGAAGAGCUCCAACUACACAUAUAUUUGAUGAGCAGUGUGAGUCCCCAUAAAGCCUUGCCUGAAUUUCUCGUCUGGCCUCGUUUCAAUUUCUAUUGAUUAGAGAGUCCAAGGACCCAGGUCAAUAACCAUACUGGCAGUAAAACAGACACAUACAUAAAUGGAACAGAAUAGAGAGCUCAGGAAUAAAUACAAUGUACGGUCAAUUAAUGUAGGAAAAAAGGCAAAAGAAUAUACAAUGGGGAAA